CUAGCUUCUCUCCCUAAACCACCAAACCCCUCUCUCUCUCUCCGUCAAAUUAUUCUCCCUCGUCUCUCUCAAAAUUUAUCUCAUUUUAGACUGACCCAUCUCUCUCUCUCUCUCUACCCCACCUUCAUGGCAAACUUCCAAGGAGGCCAAGAUGUGCCUGAAAUCAAGCUUUUUGGGAAGACCAUUACGUUGCAGAAUAGACUAGUAACGGAAGAACAAAAAGCUGGUUCAGAUCAAACGUCAGUGGACAAGAGGCCAGAUAAGAUCAUACCGUGCCCAAGAUGCAAGAGCAUGGAGACCAAGUUUUGUUACUUCAACAACUACAACGUUAAUCAGCCCAGACAUUUCUGCAAGGGCUGCCAGAGAUACUGGACCGCCGGCGGGGCACUUCGUAACGUGCCUAUCGGGGCUGGCCGGCGGAAAACCAAGCCACAGCCUCAAGGGCUAGGUGGGUUCUCUGAGAGUUGCUUGUAUGAUGCCGAUGGGGUGCACCCGUUUGGGCUGGAUGGGGUGGUGGAGGCAGAGUGGCAUGUCAUGGUGACCGAGGGCGGUUUCCGGCAUGUUUUCCCUGUGAAGCGGAGGAGGAGUGGCUCAGGUGGUCAAACUUGCACUUGAUCUUCCCUUUCUUGUUCUCUGCUUUUGAAUUUCAGCAAGAUUGACAAGAUCCGAAAACAUAUACUUUUUGACAGACUGGUACAUCUAUGUACACAUGACAGGUUCAGCUCAACUAAUUAAAUUAAGUAGACAUGUAAUUAACCACAUAAAUAAUAUAAUUAUUAGUAUCAAUUAUGUUA